AUGGAGCUCGAGGCCCUGCGGUCCGCCCUGGUGCAGCACCAGGCCUCGGCCGCGCGGGAGCAGGACCUGCGCCUCGCCGCCUGGCGCAGCGAGCUCUCGGCCGAGCUGGCGCGGCAGGCCGCGGCGCUCGCGGAGAGCUUCAGGCCCGGCUGGAAGCCCUGA